AUGAACCGCUUUCGAAAGUGGCUGUACAAGCCCAAGGUAAGUUGUCUCGAUUUCUGUCAGCCCUGCAUUCAGUCAUCUUUAAAGCAUCGCUGUGUAGGUAGCUAGCGAAACAGCCGCUAGCCUCAGGUCUUCAUACAGUGGCACACAUCUGCUAGCGUUAGCCCGUCUUCCUGAUGUUUGCUGUAUUAACACAGGAGCAGCAGCAGCUCUCCCUUUGUUGUUGUUGUUGUUGUUGAUGCUUUUGUUUUCAGGCACCACUCAGGAUUAACAACGUUAUUGUGGGGCAAAGUACAGUGAAUUUUACUCAUUAACUCAAUUUUCUUGGUGUCAUUUAGUGAUUUUAUUGUUGUGUUAUUGUCACAAUUCCUUUUGUUUGUUUUUAUUAUAACACAUAAUAUUAAUAAUAACUUAUUUGUAUAGCACUUUUAAAAAACAGAUGUUUACAAAGUGCUUUGACAUGUAGUCCUAGAGCACAUGGAAAAAGACAAAUAAAAAUAAAAAGCUCAGUUAAAAGGGAAUUCAAGGCCAUUUCUUGUCAUAAGGAACCCAGACAAUACAAGAACCAUGUAACAUAAAAUGAGACCAUGAGGACCAAAAUAAAAACAUAAAAUAGUUAAGAAAAAAGGAAAAUGCUAUUAAAAGGAAGGACGAAAGCGGAAACAGGAUAGUAAAUAUAAAAGGCAAUAUCAACAAUGAUAAUAAAAUAAUAACAGGUAAUCCUGAUAAUAAAAGUAGUGAUAAAAUAGAGCAACAGAAAUGAGCAAGAGAUAAAACAACGGUAAGUACGGUAUGGUAAAGCCGAAAUAAGAUAGAGGUAAAAGAGAGAGGAGAUGACAGAUAAAAGAUAAAACAAAACAAAAAGACUUGUUAUAAUAAUAGCAAUUGAAAGGUGUAAGUGUUUAUAAUUAUAAUUUUCUUUUACUCCAGAAAAUAGGAAAGAUCUCAAACAGCAGGUCUGAAGACAAAAAUUAUACUGAAUUUCAGGACUGUUGUUUGUGUCAUUAUUCUGUAAUCAAUUGGCCAGUCAAUCGCUUUACAUUCUCAGUUGGCUGAUUUAUCAUUUGAUGAAUGAAAAUGAAAAUGAUAAAAGGUUAAAAAAAAUGCUCACCCCACUUUUUUGAAGCCUUUUACCUAUUUGUCUUACCUCUUUUGUAAGACAAGGAAAGAACCAAGACAGAGUAAAAUGUUGUGCAAUAAAAAAAUAAAUUCUGAACACUUAUUAUUAUUAUUCUUAAAUGUGUGCCUUGAUACCUAGUCCUUGAAAUCCUUCAGCAUAUUAAAGGAUUUGAUUAUUGUUUAUUUUAGACUUAACAGCUAACUGAGUAAAUUGUGCGUAAAACAGGUAAUUUGCUGGCGGAGUUAUCACAUUUCGCCUGAGCUGCUAAUAAAUAUGCUGUAAUUCUUAGGGUGAAGCACACCUGACACAGCAGAGGAAACACUGGGGGUCUGAUCACUUUGUUAAAUGAACAGUUUAAUAAAUGCAGACUCCAGCAGUUUUAUUUUUUGGAUGAGUAUGUGAACAUUUUUUAAAGGAGUACUUAUUAUUUCCUCUACUUAGAGAGACAAAUUUUAUGCACUAAAGCACACAGAUCAGAGGUAAGCUUUUAGUACUCUGUGUUGGGUUUUUCAGAGCUGCCACAGAUUUUAUAUCCCUGUUGGAUUGAGAAACUCCUUCCUGAUCUACUUCAAGGCAAUUGUGAGCUUUAGAUGUGUUAAUAUUUAACCUAGGUCAAUUGCUAGUUUGCACUUGUACCCUUGUCCUAAUUACACUUGCGCUCUAAUUAAAAGUUUGCUACUUACCAGAAAGCCUGAGCAAAAAUCAACUCUUACAAAUCAAUGCAAACAACUGUUGUCCUUAAAAGAGCUCUAAUAUAAACUUUAUUUGGAGGAUUAGUGCAUAGUUUAUUUUACCCCAAUUAAUAAAAAAAAAUCAUCAUCAAAUGAAUCCCUCAAACUUUCAUUUUAAAGAGCUGCUGGUUUAAACUUGUUGUCUCUCUCUGCACACAAAUUCCAUAGCGAGUCGACAGGCCCUAACAACAUUUUAGUGUUAAAUGGAUGGUAAUGUAUUUCUUGCUGACCCUAUAAGUUAACAAAAAGGGAAGAAAGCUGCUUUGGAUUGUGUUUUCUUGCCAUCAAAUUUAAUUUUUAGCUUUGCUUACAGUGUGUAGACUUGCAUUUCUUACUGGUAGGUAACCUGGGUCCUUGCUGCACUGAGGUCAAGGAAGGAUAAAGUAAAAGCCAGUGAUUAUAGAUCAUCCACCUGCUCUUUACAACAUUCAUACACCUGCGUCACUCCUCUUUUCCCUGUUUGACUAUGUUUGCUGUCACAGCAUUCUGGCAGUCCAUUGUCAGGGUUAGGCCUAAGUGUUGGGGUUCACCAAAGCAUUGUGACAUUCAUGAAUGACCGCUGACUCUGAAGUGCUGAGCUAUUACAUCAGUGCCUUUUCUGCCGAAUCACAGCCAUGGUUGGAAUUAGCUGAAUUACACUUAAGUCUGUUGGUUUUAAAUGACCAGUUCUGCCUGAAAGCAGGCAAGAGAAAAGGGCUAAAAGCCUUGUAAUUACAGAGAUCACAUUAAAAAGGCAGAAGUAACGAAAGACAGGGGAUCAGUCUAAUCUCUGUACUGAACAGCAGCAACACUAGCAAGUUUGUUCCUUUUUUUGCAGGGAGAAAACAUGCCAGUAAUAAUCAAAAGCUGUUUUCAUCUAGCACAUUCUGGCAUGGAUAAGUUGUGCACUGUACAGUGUUGUCAUUUUGCAUCAACAGUAGGUCGUUUAUUAUUGAACUCCGUUCUCCUGGAGACAGAAAAGCGUCGAAUCAGCAUGUUCCCCUGACUGAAGCGGAGCUAUUGAUAUUUCCAGAGCUGCUCUUUGCCUCCCCAGACGAAUCCCACUGAGGAGGACUUUCUUUUUCCCCCUGCUACACAAUCUCUUCCCAGUGUGAUUGAGAGUAGUGUGCGGGACAUAAUGUCCCUGACUAUCCUUUCUGACUGUCAUCAAAGUACCAACUUGUGGAAGGAGAUGAAAGUGUAAAAGAAAUGGAUUGUCCUGGUCUUCGUUAGAGGGAAAGACUUGUCAGAGUAAGGAUACACUUCGGCAAAGUGAGAUUUCCCACAUUCCUUUCAGGUCUUUAGACCGGUUAAGCUGGUUUUUGUGUGCAUAGUAAACCUUUAUUUCCCAAAAUAUCUACAAUAGAGAUCUUCUUACUUGUCCAAGGAAUUUGUGGACUUUGACCACUUACGGUGGAGGGAAAAUUUUAUAUAAUGAGAAAAGUGCCUUUUUCAUUCAUAAAAAAAAUGUUUUAUCUCACUUUUCUCAGUCCCAAACAAAGACCAAACCAGGCUCAGGUUUCCAAGCGGCCAAAAUCCUACUGUGUCCCCACUUCUCAUUCGUCAGUGGCAAACCUGAAGAGUGACUGAUGUUGAGAAAGAGAGAUGUCAGGAUGUUAAACCAGCACUCUUCCUCUGUUCUCCUCUCCUGGUUGUUUACUCCAUCAGGCGUUCAGGAGCUGACCUUCAGCUUCCCAUCACCUCAUCUGUCAGCUUGACGGGCUCGCAGCUCACACCAGGCCCGGGUGCACUCACCUCCAUCUACAAGAUGCUACUAAUUUGCCACCCCUCCACCCAAGGGCAGUUUAGUGUGCGUGUAGCUGAUACUUUCUGCCUCCAUGUCAAGCUGUCGGACCGAUAUCUCUUUGCAACAGUCGGUUGUUUGCAGUUGUAGGAACAUUUGUAAUGCUUAUGUUUUAUCAACCCGAUAAGGCCAUCAAACAUCUGACCGCCGACAGAUUCCUGAGAAACAGGAAAAACAGAUCUUAAUUUUAGUAAGAUGUGAGUUAAGGUCAGACAUCCUGGGAGAUGUGUCAAGAAUUUCUGCGUGAAUGAUCAAAGUAUGGGUCUAAUUUGGGCGUGAGCGUACUGUGCCUUGGGACAGAUAAAUUGAGAUGUGGAAUUUUCUUUUCUAGUUUAGAUUUUUGAAAAGUGAAACCAGUGUCUUUGUUUGGUCUGAACCCAGCACAUAUGUUUUAAGCUACUUUGUUUGGCCAUUUAUUUCAGCUCUAAGUAACAGAAAUAAGCUUUAAGUAAAUCUGUUCACAUUAAAUUUGAUUGCAACAAUUCAAGAAACAGUUUAUCUACCAAACAAUGUGAAAUCUUCCUAAUUCUCUUUAUUAUUUACAUAUUUUUAGAAAUAAGUGGCGGAUUUGUUCAGUCUAAUCUGUAAUUUAGAAAUGUUCAGUUGUACUUUUUUCACAAUCUCACGGCAUAUCUAGAAUGAACUAAUUACAAAUAAUUGAUACAUUUAUUAGAGGAACUUACCCUGAAGUUUGGAUCCAGUGAUUCUACUGCUGCCAGCCAGAGGAGAAAAAGAAAAGUAUUUAACUAAUAUUUUUGUCACUUUGUCUGGUUUCUGAUGAAAAUGUCAAAAGGCCCAAUGAUUUAUCAAGAAAUUAAUGUCAAUUUAUUUUUCUCAGCAUUUAGAAACUUUUGCUUUUACCUUGAGAACUGUUUAGAAGUGUUUGUCUGUUGAAGUAUAGAUAAAAACUUAUCAUGUUAAUUUUUAAGGAAGCAUCGCUCUUUCUGCUGAAAACAUUUGUAAUAGUUCUUGUGAAUUAUGGCGGAUCCGAGCUCCUCAGAGAUGAGCGCUCCUCUUUCUCAUGUGACGUCCCUGGCUGUAGAAUCUCCCUCUGUUCGUCAUUUAUCACUCCCCUCUUGUUUGUGAGUAUUACAAACAAACUGGAGAACUGAAAGCAGACAAAGCAAUUAGGGUCUUGCAGAGUUGAUCCAGCUCAGUUGGCACAGAGUUGAUGGAAGAGUGAUCAGCAAACUGCUGAGUAGUGUCCUGCAGGGCUUCAUAUUUAGCACUGUUUCUGGACCUGUGUGUGGAUGUCCCAUUCUGCUAACCCACCAGCCAUGCGGUAAUCGAUUUAGUGUCAGUUGCUGAGAUUUAGAGAGCUGACUGUAGAGCAGACCCAGACAGGCCCCGGCGAUUGAGGGCCUUUUUAAAUUCAUUGCAGGAUUGGGGAAUCAGGGCCCACUGUCUGAGGUGUGAGGAAGUAAUGAUUGAAGGGAAGCAGCUGUAGAAGAGGAGCAAGAUUUAAAGGUAACAGAGAAUCAGCGAGUCCUGGCAUCGACUGGGCGGCCGCGCUCAUCUUCCACACCUCAUUUCUCACCCGUGAUAAUCAGCCCCUUCUCUGAUGAACAGCUUUUUAAAUUUGUCUCUUCUGUAUUACUUGUAAUAAUCAUAAAGCAUCCACUCAAGGUGCCCUUUGUCUACAAUACGAGGCUUGAAGAAGAGCCUGAAAAUAAAAAAAAGGCAUCCCUUGUGCUUCUGGCUCUGUCUGAGCAGCAGGAGAGAACGGAGGGAGAGGAGGAGAACAGUAGGUCUGUAUUUUUGGGAUUAGAUUUUGGCCUUAGUUACAGUUGGCAAGAGAUAAAUGAGGGGAUGUUGUUCUCAGCAGCUUCAGUGUUUCUUCUCACUGGAUACAUGAUUUUGGAGGAUGACAAAUCCAAAAAAUUAUUGACAAACAAAUAAAUAUUAACUAUCUAUUGAAUGGAGAUUUUAUUUUUUAAUAUAGAUAUGUCUGAGUGGAUUCAAAAUAUAAAACCAUCCUGUCUGUACUUGUUUCUGUUUUUUAUUCUUAUUUUGUGGUAUUGAAUUUGGAAAAUUCUUGAAUGUGAAGGCUGCCAGUGUUGCUGGUGUACAGACUCCAGAGUAGAUUUCCUCCAGUACUAAUCCACUCCAUUAAAAGUUGUUGAUUUUGUAGUUCCAAAUCCACAUUUUAACAGGCAGUUCUGGAUUGUAUAACCAGAUUAAUUCUUGCAUAAGAACAUGCCUGCUGUCACUGAGGAGCAGGGUGUCCCCACGUGCCACUACUACCAUCAGGGCAUCCUGAACAGGCCUUGUGGACACGAAUCGUCCGCACCCCUCUGCCUCACCUCAGCCUGACAUGCUUAACCAUGUGCCGAAUGCAGAGAUGACUGCUCGGUCCAAAAAGCCAGAUUAAGGCAUUUCUCUGAGUGGAGACUAGCACACAGAUUAUAACAUCAGUCCAGAUGUGCAUACCACUCUGAAUCCUUUGAGCUGAAUCUGUUUGCUGCUGUGGAUCAUUUUCCAGAUGGUUAGUAUGGGAAUAUUAAUCGGCAGCUUGUGAUCAGUGUCAUUGAUUUGAUCGCUCUUUUGUUUAAGCGACUUUAUGCCUGAAAGGUCGUCAUCAAUAACUCAGCAGCUGCAGCAGACAACAGGAAAGUGAGGGAAGAAACUCCUGAUGCAAGCUGAUCAUGAAAGGAAUGACUUGACACAACCGAACCUGCUUGAGCAGAAAACUGCAUCUGUAGAGCGAAAAUGCGUUUUACUCUGCAAAAUUUAAUACAAAUAACGGCUGAGGAAGUUUCCUUGUUUGUUACCAAAACGAUUGGCUGGCUCCUGCCUGGGCUUUUAUGCUGAGCCCUGAAUAAUAAAUAAGGUGAUGAACUGUAUCCGGCUGCUUUUUGCCAGUCUGCCAACUGACUAGAUGAAGCAGAGUGAACUGGUUUCCCCCCCUAUGAUAAAUGCUUCUGAUCCUUGGAAAGAGGCCAGAAGGCAGCAAAUUGAGCCUGGAAUAGAGUAUGGAGGGCAGAGGCAAGGUUUCUCAUAAGUCCCCUAAGUGGGCCCAGUCGGCACGAACCGGUGCUAUGGAUGCUUGUGAAGUAUAAGCCUGACAGCCUCGAUCAUCUGCACAGUCUGAAUAGAAAUGAAGCCCAGCUAUCAGCAGCUCAAGGAGAGAGCUGUCUGAGAUGAUGUGGAGCAUACAACAGCCAAUCUCUCUGUAACACGUUUCAAUGAGAGUCAAACACCGAGUGCCUGUUAUUGAUUUCAUGCUAAACAAAAGCGACAGAAAUUUCACAGAGUCAUUGUGAAAUGAUGAGAUUAAGGAGGCUCAACGGUAAUUGUCACUCUGGAUGAGGUUGUGGGAGCCUAAUAGUCUGAAAUGAAGGCUUUGUGACCACGGUGCAGAGUUUUUGAGUCAUCUCAAAGAGAGGGCGCCUAGGACAACUGACAGCAGGAGUAGAACAGGAGAGUGGCACACCACAGGGGACGAGAGGCGAAUCUGCUGAAUCAUUUCCUCACUCACGCUAGGUAGAGCUGUCAUUGGUGGUGAUGAUGACGCAACCUGCGAGUUCAGGAGUCAGAUCCCCAGAUGUUCAAACACCUUUAGUUAAGCAUUUUUAUGCCCCUCAAAGAAAAGUGCUUUUUAAAACUCUUCUUAGUGUGAUUGUUUCUGGGAUUUUAGAAAGGUGAGUGUUUGAUAGUUGCAAGUGCGCGUAAGGCGGUAGCUUCCCUUUUUUUUAACCUUCUACUGUAUACAUAUAAAAUAAAUGUCGAGGCCAAUGCUCGGUGCCAACUUGUGUUAUGUAAGCAGAUGAAAACUGACACUUGUUUCAACUGACAGCUUGCCUGUUUGCACUCACAAUCUAACAUCGUCACUGACUCACAGUCCAUACAACAAGAUUAAUAUUACUAUCCACAGCUCUGAGUCUAGAUUGAAACUUUCAAACAAAGGAUUAGUCUGUAUUUGAGACUUUGGGUGCAUCUCUCCCCAGUUAAUCAGAGGUGUUUACUGUACUGAAUUUGAUGAGAUGUUUUGAAGUAAUCUUGGAUUUUGCUGCACCAGCUGUUAGAAAGUACAUUUGCAACUACAAACUUUGUUAUGUGCUCAUCUAUUGUGAGAGGGGGAAAAAAAAGUCAGAGGCAUCCACUCAUUAACAAUGUGUUGUGUAAACAGGAAGUUGCUUUGUUUCACAAACUGUGGCAUAAUGUAAUUGACACCCUAUAUCUUUGUUUUAUCUACCUGAGCAAACUUGAAGACACAUUUAUACAAGUAUACAGUUUGGUAUAAGUAGGAGUAAUAUUAAUAAUGGCAGAUGAAGUCUUAUUUAACACUUAUGUAAUGGUGAUACAAAAAUGUCCAUAAAUGAAUAGGCAGCAGAAGAGCUUCAUUGCAGUGCUUGUGAUACAAGAAGUGGGAAACCGACUCUUCUUAAGACGACCACCUAAGUGUGCUUUUAGAGAACCAUCAUCCUGAGCAGCACCAAGAGUUUCUGAAAACUAAGAAUUAGGGGUGUCCCGAUACGAUAUUGAUAUCAGAUAUCGGUCCGAUAUCAGCAAAAAAAAGGAUGUCUGAUUAUAUCGGCCUGCAUCUUUAAUCUCCGAUAUCAGCACUCCGAUACAAGCAGUCCAUUCCAGACUCUGCUCCGGCACCUCUAUCUUGCAGUGCCCUGAUCCAGCAAGCUGAGCCCACAUGAUCACAACAACAGUGUGUACUAAGGUACUAACAAAGUAACAAGGAGUAGGAGUGAUGUGGGCCUUGUGGCAGUAUUCUUUGUUGAAGUCCGAAAAAGACGUUGCAGCCGAGUGAAAAACUUGUCAUGCACAGUUUUGUACCAAUAUCGGAUCAAUAUCGUUAUCGGUCAGUAUUGAAGGCUACAAUAUUGGUAUUGUAUUGGAAGUCAAAAAGUUGUAUCGGGACACCCCUACUAAGAAUGAUAAAAACAUCGGUGCCAGAGUACAGCUGUCCACAGCCUCAACUUGAGUUAUUCAACAAAACGAAGGAGUGCAGCAGCAGCAGCGAUCGUAUUUCUGACUGUCUGUAUUAUAAAAUGGAUAUGUUUAACAUUUAAGGCAGAACAACAGUUCCAUUUAACUACAGGACAGACUUUGUUCUUUAGGUAUGCAUAUGUAGAAAUCGGGCAAAAUAUGUUUUUAAAUGUCAGCAAAUCAAACUUUGUUCAUCUUGCUUGUAUGAACUCCUUGACAUUCCUGUCAUAGUUUUAUUGAUGUGGAAAAAAAAUCCUAUGAGGAAAGUAAAUGAUUUGUCGUGUGUACAAUGACAAAUUCCCUAUAUUAUUUCCCACCUCAAGAAGGACAUGCAGAAGCUAGCUAAUGUUAGCUUUCCGUGUUUCAGUGGAGUAUGUGACGGUCACAUGUGGCAUGUCGGAGGUUAACAUUAUUAAUGUCUGUGAGAACUGGUUUGUGUGGUUAUAACUUCGCCAAGCUUGAAUUAAAAAUCACUGCCUCAGAGAACUGGUUCCCACACUUCUGUCCCAAAUGGAGCUUAAGGAAAUGUCAAUGAUGUGAGUUAAGAAGUUGAGAUUUUGUGUAAAAUGUGAAUAAAAACAGAAAACAAUGAUUUACACAAACACACCCUAAAUGCUGGCUUUUAAACUUGGGCCUGAUAAUAAUUUGGAUGCUCCUUUUUUACCCAAUCAUGACUCUCAUCUGUUUCCCUUUAACCUGUUCACCUGUAGAGUAACUUAAACAGAUGUUUUCUUUUUUUUUUUUUUAAGCAGUCCUCAGUUUUCUCAGUCUUUUGUUGCUCCUGUCCCAACUCUUUUGGAACAUGUCGCAGGCAUCACAUUCAAAAUAAGUGAAUAUUUUCAAAAGAGCAAUAAAGUUUAUCAGUUUGAACAUUAAGUAUCUUGUAAUGAACUGAAUAUACAGUAGGUAGGUAGGUAAAUCAUUGUGUUAUAUUUUUAUUCACAUUUUACUGGAUGUCCCACUUCAUUGGGAUUGGAGUCUGUACGAAACAGAGAAUUGCUGCCUAUCAGAAAGUAAACCAUCAUGUGUUGAGCUUUGCCUGCCUUUGACUUUUUCCCCCAUGAUGCAAUGCUGCAGGAAUGUUGCCUCUUGUGUGAGGAAUGCGGCAGGAGGAGGCUGAAGGAGGGCGUCUGUCUCAAAUAGUUCUUCUCUUCCUCUGUCAGCAUGUCUGUAGGUCUCGCAGAUCUCAGAGUGAAUGCCAGCACUGUGGGCCGGCUUGUACUGGUGCUUUCUCUGUCUCCCACUCCUGUUUCCAUUUGGCCAUCGUGACAUUUGUGUCAUAGACUCCCUCAUUGUUGUACGGUUAUGUAAAGGUCAGUUAAAUCUGACGCCUAAUGGGUGAUAUCUUUGCUUUUUUUAACCCUCUAAUGCUCAAUUAAGAUUUCCUUGCAGCUGUUUUAUAGAAGCCCACACACACACCAACCCACACAAGUGUAUUUCCAUCGUAGUAACAACAAUGCCGUGAUGAAUAACACUAUUUACAGUGUCCUCCUUUCCUAGUGUGCGCUACAAUAGUGUGGGUGUCUAACCUUAUUGUCCACAGAUUAUUUUUACACACAGAAUAUGAAGUGUCUAGUAAAAAAAGAACACGAGAGAAGACGGUGAAAACUUGCCUGUUUGCUGGAUUUUUUCACAGAUUUCUGUGGGGGUUAGGUCGCUUUUCUUAUCACUUAAUCAUCAGUUAUCAUGACAAGAAAAGGACUCCAAAAGUUCUCAAUCACAAACAAAAUAUGCAGGGCUUGUUGUUGUUGAUUCUACCCUGUAAGAUAAAUCUGUAUUAAAGUCUGAAAAGUAUUUGUUUUGUCAAAACGCUAAUCUGCUUAAGUCCAGAGCUGACUCCACCACAGCUCGAACAAACUUAAGUAUGUUAUAUCAAUGCCUUCAAUAACAACUGGAUUUGCCUCCCUGCAGGUAACUUGAAUCUUUUCUCAGGUUGCUGUGUUAUAUUUCACUUCUCCACAUCACCUUUCAGACAUUCAAGAUGAUUUUUCCUCAUCAUAGAAAUAAUGCCACAUGUACCCCAGCUGUAGGUUAUUUCUUUGUGUUUUUCUCCUUGCUGUUUGUUUCAUUAUUAAUGAGAGAGAGUGAGGGAACAGCACCGUGUAUCAUAUUCAGAGAGAGAACACAUGGGGCCCUCGGGUGGAGCAUCACGCAACAGGAAUCAUCGCAGACUUAAGGGAAAGAAGGUCCUGUGUGAGAGUUUGGUCAAUACUGGUAUUCAGUUUAUGAUUUAAUGAUAAGGGGAAAAAUAUCUGCUUACUUUGGACUUCUGCAAGUCGGCACAGUCCCGCUGUCCUCCUCAGCUCAGGUUUGUGAUGAUGCACACAAGCUUGUGGUCGCCAUUUUCCAAGCCAUUAACCUUUUGAUCAAUGUGAGACCACCCUGGAUGUGUGUGCAUUGUCGUCGUCGGCGCUAUGAUUAAGAAAACAGCCUCAUCAUUGUCCUGUAGAAGUUGAGUUUAAUUUGAUUCCUCCUGAGCAUUACUGAUAAUCAGCUGCUGUGUUUACAUCGCUGUUGUAUCAGUGUCUCUUCCCUGCCUUGUGUUGUGGCUGUAUGCAGGCUUCACCCAGCUGUGGAGUAAUUUGCUGCACCAUGCGGCCCCCCCACACACUGAGGGGAGCACGGCGGGAGAUAAUGACAUCCUCUACCAGGGACAGGCUCUCUAAUUACACCUCCUCUUCUGGGGAGCUUUCACACUUUAUUAACCUUUGUUAACUCCACCUGUCAGAAUGAAUGCCAUUUUUAUCACUCACUAUCCCAUACAUGUGGAGAGUUUGUUUAUGUGUGGAUGGUGCUUUGUAUAACCCCUGCCUUGUGCUCAUAAAUCAUCUGGAUACUCAGCAAAUGGAAGAGCAAGCUGUUAUUAAGCUAGCCUAUACAGUGUCCUACUUACCUGGUUUAAUUUGUGUCCCCACAGAUCAGUAGUAUAUGUUAUCUCUUUUCCCGUGAUGUCUUAACUUCAACUUAAUCUCUUCCUCUUUGAGUUUUGUGGUUCAUUUGCACCAGAUCAGGCUUCGUCAGCUCAACUUUCUGCUGUGUAUAUGCAGCUGGAGUGUGUGAAACUAUACUGACUUAUAUACUUGACCUGUUAACACUGAAGUGCAGCAGCGACAUAAUGCUCUCGUUACUAGGAGACCUAUGUGUGUGUGUGGACUUGCCCACCGGUGUUAGAAAACCAUCAAGCUGCAGCUCUCCGUGUCUGUCCGUGUGCUUCACUCAUGCAGAACUUUUAAUGUUCAUCUUAUAAAUUUAAACCCAAAGUCCACAAACUGAACAUCAAGUAAACUACAGGCCAAGGCGGAUAUCCCUCACUUUGUUUUGCUGCUGCAUUUACUCCUGUGCAGGACAGUAAAUAAUUGAACAGCCCUAUGGGAUCAACAAGCACGUUCCUGAGUUUAUUCAUAUCUCUGACAGUUUGAGAAGAUAUGAGUUUCUAUUCAAGACAUCCCCUGAUAACAGAUAAAAAAAAAAAAAAAACAUGCUUUCUUUUAGCCUCUGAAGUUAUCCUGGCUUCACCCUCAUGCACUGUGUUUAAGGUGAAAAAUAAGUGGUAUUUGCUUUGAUAUUCAGUGAUUUCUUCCAUAAAUACUGUGUUGAGAUGUGGCUUGUUUUCACAGCUGUUGAUGCUCGGUUAUGUGUGGCCAGAGCAAAAUAACAACCAGCCAGUAAAGGUUACUAAAUGUCUUUGUACUGUAAGACAUUGCUGUAUUUAGAGUGAUGUAAAAUCAAAGUGUUUCAUUAGUACUAAUUAAAGCUGGUAAAGCAUAGAUAUAGAUUUCUGUCUGUUGAGGUGAUGAUGAUAUUAUUAUAGCUGCAGUCUUUAAGUGAAGGCAGGCAUGUCUUAUAAAACCAGACAGGGUAUAGAUGUAGAAUUAAGAAAUGUAAUAAAGCUGUAGCAGUAGUCUCAUUGAUACUUUCUUGACUUAAGCCAAUAAAUAAUGCUCCUCAAAUCUUUUUUUUUCUUCUUCUCAUUUUUGUUGUUUUUUUUGUGUCUAAGUUAAUCAAGUAGUCUAUACUUGGGUUGAUCAGACAAAAAAAUUAAGUAUCUUGCCUUGAGCUUCCAGACACUGUGAUUAGCAUUUUUACCAUGUGCUCACAACUUGAUAAUAUAUUAAUAUAUCCAUAAAUUAAAAUAAACUUAAGCACACAUUUAAACUUGAUCACGCAAAACAUCCAGAGGGAAUGGACUAGUUUGAGUCCAAUCAAGAUAUCAGUUUUUUUUUUAUGUUUAAUUUCUCUGUUUAUUUUAACAAAGUCAUUCAAUUGUAACAGUGUCAGUGUUUUUCCCAAUGUAUUAAAAAACACCCUUCCUUUGUGUUCCCGUGCAGAGAACGGACCCCCAGCUCCUGGCCCAGUUCUACUAUGCUGAUGAAGAGCUGAAUCAGGUGGCCACUGAGUUGGACAGCCUUGACGGCAGGAAGGACCCUCAGAGAUGUACCCUGCUGGUCAACCAGUUCCGCUCUUGUCAGGUCAGCAGGGAGGCGCCAAGGACAGCAGUAUUUUCUAAGGCUGCUUAUAUUUGACCAGGAUAAAUGUCCAAUUUUACUAAAUGUCUGUUUUAAAAGAUAGUCAGGUGUUUGAAUCUAUUAACACAGAUUCUGCUGUUCGCACCCUUCUUUCUGCUCAACUUUUAGAUUAUUCAAAAGUGAAUCUGAAAUUACCAUAAAGUCAAGGAACUUUCAGAGACAUAAAGAUCCACAAUCUCAGGUGAUUAUGGUUGGUUUGGCCUAGAAGCUAAAAUUAGACAACACCUUUGCCAUCUCUUUUUGGGGCACAAGGGUCAUUAUAUGAGUGUUGCCCUACUGAGCAGUACUUGGCCGACUUUUGUUAUCAAGCAGUUGUGCUGAUAAGGUGAGAUGAGUCGACUUUGAUAGGACUGAGAUUUGUGUCACGCUAGUUGAAAGUUAAUCAGGUCACAAGGGAGACUUUGGUACAUUUGUAGCCUAAUGUCAAACUAAUACAUCACAUGACUUAAGUAUUAAGAUAUGGGUGUAAUGCAAGAUUUGUGUCAAUCGUGACGCAGGUUAUUGCUUCAGGUUUUCAUGUCGGUGCUAAAUAGAGCUUAGAAGGCGUAGCUGUGCGUGAGUGAUGGCUGCCACACCGCGCUCAUGCUGGGAGAGGUGGAGGUGGCGCACAGAGGUCGUCAUCUGGCCCGUUGUGCCUCAGCCUCCCCCCGCUGCCACAGCACACGGGGAGGAUCACUUAAUAAGGUCAUCACUUGGUCCCCGACUGUUCUCUGUCUUCCCCUUCAAUCCUUCCUUCAGCCAAUCUGUCACCUCGUUUCCUUUUUUCCCUCUUUCUUGUUAUUGUUCUGCUGCUUCCUUUUCCUCCCUACCUUUUGAAUUUGCUGUGAAAUGAAUUUUGUUAUCCCAGUUUUAUCAAAUGGAGGUUUUCAGCAGCUCCGAGUGACUAGUUUGUGUCGGUACCUUAAAUGAAGCCCGCAUUCUGUCAUCCUGAGCCGCAGUGAAAAUAUGACAGUAAAUUCCCUGCCCUUGUAUGUCCAUAGAGGGGUCUUUUCUGUGGCAUACCUCCUCAAGGGUUUGGAGACAGAAUUAAGCAGCAUGAUACCCCACAGCCCCGAGGCCCUAAGAAUAGAAGGCAAGUGCACUCAAGCCAAAAUUUUGCACUUGAACCUGCCACUGCAGAUAUCAGCUCUUAUUCACGGGCCUCUGUGGGGGUUUCUGGCAUGCUGCUCAUAUUAUGUUGGCACGGCUGUUCGUACAGCAUGGCCUGCUGGAACAGGCGAGUGUGUAUGUGUGUGUGUGUGUGUUUGAGAUGGACAAAGAUUGAGUUAGACGGAGGAAGAAAAAAAGAGCCAGAGAUAAAUGGCGAAAAGAAGCCGAGGAAAAAAGAUAGAAGUUAUCCCUCUGUGACUCUGGGGUUUCAGGUAUCACGCAAGAGUCGCUACCUUUCAGCGAUUUGUAGACUCAGAGAAGUGAAGGUUAUCACGGGUGUCCCCCUGCUUGGAGAUGCUCACAGACAGUGGGGGUGGUUCUCAGACAGGUCCAGGACACACACACACACACACAGCACGCAGCCAUAAAGAAAUCGGUGGUUAAGCUCUCUUUCUCAAAGCUUUUUAAUCUUUCUCCUUGGGGCGAGCAGAGAAAGACGCAGUGCUGUGCCUGACAAGAUUACAGCGCACAGUGCAGCUGCGGUUGAGUGAAAGGCUCAUUGUAAGUCAUUGUUACGGCCGUUGUACAUGCCAGCGGCACAUAAGCUCUUGAUUAGCUCUCGCUGUGUGUAACACUGCAUUUUCACUGCUGGAAUUAUAGGCUUCAGUGUAGUGUUUUUAUUGAGGGAGAAUGUAACUGCUGGGGCCAUAAUCGUCUCAUGUACUGUCAGAUAGUUUUCAUUCAUUACCUAAUCAAUGCUCUUUAAAAAGCUACAAUACAAUGGCCUUCUUGAAAGAGGUGAAGCUUGGAUUGUUAAUCCAUAUUUGUUGAAGUAAACAAUUUAGAGUUCCUUUUUUUUUUUUUUUUUUCCCCUCUCAUGAUUUUCCCAACUGACUAGUUUUUCCAAUUGUGUUUGUUGUCACUCUUGUUGCCUGUCUGUAGGACAAUGUGUUGAACAUAAUCAAUCAGAUCAUGGAUGAAUGUAUCCCCCAUGACCGGGCCAACAGAGACUUCUGUGUCAAGUUCCCCGAGGAGAUUCGUCAUGACAACUUGGCAGGGCAGCUGUGGUUUGGGGCUGAGGUACAGUAUUCCCUUCAGCAUCUAUGUAUAAGAAAACAACCUUCGUCAAGUUCUACACAAGUGCAUCUUAUUCCUACUUGUUUUGAAUCAUCAAUUCUACCAUUGUUGACAUCUUUCCCUCAGUUUUAUAAUCUCUGCAGUACUUGAUCAUUUAUGAUUUACAUCCUCCUGUGCAGUGCUUGGCUGCCGGCUCGAUCAUCAUGAACAGGGAAAUAGAGAGUAUAGCGAUGAGGCCCCUGGCAAAGGACCUUACUCGCAGCCUGGAGGAGGUGCGCAACAUCACCAGAGACCAGGCCCUGAGAGACCUCAACUUGUACACAGACCGCAUGAAGGACGCACUGCGACAUUUCGACAGCCUUUUUGCUGAGUUUGAGCUCAGGUGAAUAAAAGAAUCAGACUCCUUUUGGCAAUCGGUGCAACAAGAGUAACAAAAUACCAUGUGUCAACUUUUUGAGGUGCACAUUUGUCCUGAAAUUUCAAACAAGGCUGUGAUUGUCACGAAAUGUUUUUCUUCUUUCUUCCAUUGCCAGUUAUGUGUCAGCCAUGGUGCCUGUAAAGUCUCCCAAAGAAUACUACGUACAACAGGAGGUGAUUGUGCUCUUCUGUGAGACUGUGGAGAGGUGAGUUAACGGAGAUAUUCAGUCCGCAUACUCCUGCAGACAUGUGAAAUGAGUUUAAACCGUAUGUGAAGAUGAAGUGGUAAACAUUUCCUCGCCUGUGUUGUUGUCACAGGGCCCUUAAGCUGGGCUACCUCACACAGGACAUGAUCGAUGACUAUGAACCCGCUCUGAUGUUUACAAUUCCCAGACUAGCCAUUGUGUGGUAAGUGUUGCCUGUCCUCCCCAUUUCUCCGCCCACCUCUUUGUCUCUUCAUCCCGUCUUCCCUCAUACUGAAUCUUAACUAUAUUUUGUAGUGGGCUGGUUGUGUAUUCAGAGGGGCCUCUGAACCUUGACCGGAAAUCAGAGGACAUGUCUGAGCUCUUCCGACCUUUUCGCACUUUACUAAAGAAAAUAAGGUACAGCCUUAAAUGCAGAAUGUCACAAGUAGUUGAUUUCAUCUUUUUAAAUGAUUAUUUCUAAUAUCAAUAUGUCACCACUCUCUUGUUGUGCUUUUAAAAGAGACCUGCUGCAGACACUGACUGAGGAGGAGUUGCUUACGCUGGAGAGAAACCUGUGUAUCUCUCAGGAUGGGGAGUUGUCCACGGGCCAGACACUGGCUACCAACAGCUCACAAGCUUCAGUCCAAGAGAAUCACUCAUCCUGCAAACCCACUAAUGACACCUCCAAGGGGGAGAGUGGCGGGGAGCAGGAGCAUCUGGCUCUGUUUGUCUGUCCCAGCCAGGAGGAGGAACCGGCGGAAGUGGAAAAAGCUUGGAAGGUGGAAACAGAGAAGGGAGAGGAAGAGCAGGAGCAGGGCCUGCUGUGUGAGGAGGCGGAGGAGGCUGAGUUGGCCUGCUCGAUGCAGUACGACGAAGAGGAAUUGGAGCAGCUCAACAUGAUGGUGUAUCGUGUGGGGGAUGAGAUGUCCACCUUGCUGUCACCUCCCAGCCAGGGUCAGUCCCCAGCACACCAAUGCGGCAGAGGAGAAGGAGGGGGCUCUAGUGGGGCUUCCAGCGCAGAGGCCUCACCCCGUAGGCUCCUGGUGAGCAGGGGAAGGACAGGCGUUUCUGUUGAAGAGGAGGACAGGGUCUUUCUCAUGGAGGACCUAGAUGCAGCAGGAGAGAACAUCACCAGCAUUUCAAGAGAGGUCUACAGUUGUGUCGCCUCUCCUUCCAAAGCACCAGAGUCAGCUCGCCCUGUGCAGCAGAAACCGAGCCCGAAGCCGGACUCUAACAGAAACGGCUGGUUUUCUGAGGCCCAGUCAGAGCAGCCGUGUCCACAGCCACGCAGCCACAACUUACAGUGUUCCCAUGCAAAGCGACGUCCGUGCACUUCCACCUCAGGCCCAGAGCCUCUGCCUUACACAAACGGGUGGGACAUGGGUUUAGAGGGGACAGCAUCUGAAACAGCUGAGGUCAUUGCCCAUCGCAUGGGUGGGAUGAAGCUGUCCGCCACUGUCAUCUUCAACCCCCGCUCCCCAAGCUUGUCAGAGCUGGCUGUGGACAAGCUGCUGCUGCCGAGGCCCGCUCCCUCUGAGAUUGAGCCAUGCGGCCCUCUGGUGGCCACUCACUGCCUGCUCAACUCCUGCGUCUGCUGUGGGAGCUGUGAAGAUAGCCACGAGGACACCACAGAGACCAGUGGACUCGGGUUAGGCCUCGCUCUGGGUUUGGACAAACACUGUAAGACGGCAGCGCCAAGCACUGUCAUCCAGUCUUCUGCUUGCAGGCUCCCCCCACGAGGUCCUGAGCCACACUGUAAAGGAGAGCUCGCCCAGUUUACUCCCCCUUCCUCCCAUGGGUCUGCAGACACCCUAGAAGAGGAUUCAAACAUAGAUGUGCCUCCAGGGAAGGGGCACAACGCACGGGUAGGUAGCUCCAGAGAAGGGGAUGGAUCUUCUCCCUGUAACCAGCAGCUAGAGAUUGAGAGGAAGCAGCAAGCCAGUGGAGGCCGACAGAAGGACAAGGAGACAGAGAAGGAGAGGCCAGGAACUAAAAACUCGAUGAGGGACACCAAAGAGGAUAGUGGGAGGAGCUCAAGGUGAGCUGCCGUCUCUGAUGAAGUCAGUGUUGUCUUGUUUGUAGCAUGUAUGUCCUCAGCACUCUCCCAACAACAAAUGUCUUUGACUUUAAUGUGUUUCAGCAGAUUUUGGAUCAUCCACUUACUUUCAUUCAUCAUCCAUCAUUUUGCGCAGUUAUUUUUUGACCUGUAUCCUCUGAUUUACCAUGUGUUUGUUCUGUUCGUCUUCUAUGUUUGUGUGUUUUUUUGUGGUUGUUUUUAGUUUUCAGAGUUCCCCCCUCAGCUCUGUGUCAGGUAGUGACUGUGACAGUGUGUCAGUCACCACAUGUAGUCUGUCAAGCAGUGCGUACACCCCCAGGUAAACUUGUCGCUCAUCAAAGUGCGUGUCAUACAAUCUUGAGUGUUUCUUCCUUCCCGCUCUCUAGUGGAGACAAAAAAGUCCUUUCCUGGUAGAUGAAAAGACCCCUUUGUUCCUUUUCAGUCUUUAUGCUGAGCUUUGUUCACUGUCAGCCACUGACUGAAGUGUCAGUCACUCCUUUCCUAAAGGGCUACAAAUGACAGCAUUAAUUUGCCUUUUGAAUUAGACUGUACAUUUUAUUAGACACGUGUUGGAGUACUGAUCCUCAUUCUCCACUUCAUAAUCAGCACAUACCAAGAGAUUUAUAUUUGGUUAGAGGUCAGAGGAGAAAUUUGGCUGUUGCUUUGAUUUUGAUAAGCUUUAUCUGUCGUUGGUAGCUUGAAGAUUACGAUCUAUAUCCCAAUUAAAUGAACUUAGCUGGCAAUUUUCACUCUCUGCAGCCCUGUCAGCAGCCUGACACCCAGUUCUGGGACAUCUGAAGACCUAGACCAUCAGGAGAUACAGUUAGCCCUACACGAUGCCAAGAUGGCUGCAAGGAACAAGAUCCGAUCCCGCUUUCACAGCAGCAGUGACCUCAUCCACCGUCUAUUUGUUUGUAUAUCAGGUAAAAACUCUCCCUCUAUUUAGCUCUCCCUCUGUUUCUGCCCUUUCUUCCCUCCAGAGCAGACAUUCAUGUUGUGUUUUUCUGUGACGCAGGCGUCGCUGAUCAACUGCAGACCAACUAUGCCAGUGACCUUCGCAGCAUCCUGAAGACACUGUUUGAAGUCAUGGCGACCAAGUGUGAUCAGGGAGACAAUGAUAAGCAAAAGAAAGGUGAGAAGAAAAAAAACUGUAUUACUUCUGCUUUCUGAUAUGCAGACAGAAAUCAUUAAGAUAGUGUAUUAUACAAAAAUAAAAGUAAUAGUAAUGAGUCGGUAAAGACUCAAAUUGAGCUAAAAGAAAGUUGAUAGUUAACUGGUAUUUAUCAGGUGAAAAGAAACUCCAUUGGUGAUGGUGGGAGUGACAGUAUGUGGCUGCUUAACAUCGCUUAAAAUAUUCACAACUUGUGUCAGCUGACAAUCUAAAAAAAAAGAAAGAAAUCAGGUACUGCAAGAUACAUAUUCCAAACAUGCUUCUAUCGGAAUAUUUACAUUUUCCUAACAAUAUUUAUCCCAACUCAGUCUGUGUGCUUACUGGAAAGUAUUGUACAUAUAGAAAUUCACAUUUAGAUUCUUCCCAGCAGAUAUUAUAUUCAAGGUAUAUAAACCUACUUUUCCAGGUCAGAGCUCAGUUUAAGAUACCUUUUUGGAGUCUUGAAAAUUCUAAAAAAGGCCAUUCAGAUUUCCAGAAAAAUCUUCUGGUCAUCCUGAUACUGAAAUGCAUACUGUCUCAUCUUAUCUGCAGUUGAUGCUCUCUAGGCUGACGGUCAAGGAUUUAUUUACAAACAGCAGUGUACCAGACACUACAUUGUUUUUUGUUUCUUCUGUUUUGUCCAUCAGGUCCUGUUCUACGUAGCGCGGUCCUUGAGGACUGCGCUCUCUGUCAGGAGACCAUUUCCUCAUCAGAAUUGGCGGCCAAGGCUCGAGACGGACAAUUCGAAGGUCAGCAAAACCAAACCGAUUCUUUGAGAUCAGACAAAGUUUCAGAUGAUUCUUUUCUACUUUAGUAACAUUUUUUGUGACCCCUGUGUAGACCCUCCUGACUGGGUUCCUGAUGAAGCUUGUAACUCCUGCAUUGCCUGCAAAGCUCCUUUCACUGUAAUCCGGAGGAAGCAUCACUGUAGAAGCUGCGGAAAGGUACAAGGGCAAACCAGGGACUCAUAAAUGUGUAUGUCUAUUGUGUGGACAGUAAGUGACAAAUGACUCAUGUCUCAUUUCAGAUCUUUUGCUCCCGCUGCUCCUCCCAUUCUGCUCCUCUGCCUCGGUAUGGCCAGGUGAAGCCUGUCAGGGUUUGCACACACUGCUACAUGUUUCAUGUCACACCCUUCUACAGUGACAAGGCUGGCAUCUGA